CCUGUACACAGCGUCCGCCAUCAGUCAUGUGAAGGGUAAGAAGAUGAAAGUGAAAGGAGAAAUUACAGCUCGAUGAGGAGGAAGAUGAGAAGAGGCUGAGAGCAAGGAGAGGAGCUGAGGUGAAGGAAGGGUUAAUACCGGAUGCAAAGGGCCAUCGGUGACAGGAACGCCGUAAGAAGCUGAGAGCGAUCCGGACAGGGAACACAAAAUGCUGCCCACGGGCUCCAGACACGACGCCCCACAAGGAGGGUUCAACUUCGAGAACUGUCUCAGAAAUAGCGCCAUAGAGGAAAAUGCGUCAUCUCUUGGCCUCCAACCUCCGAAAGCUCGUAAGACAGGGACCACCAUUGCUGGUGUCGUAUAUAAGGACGGCGUUAUCCUAGGAGCGGACAGGAGAGCCACCGACGAUAUGGUGGUAGCAGAUAAAAACUGUGCCAAGAUCCACUACAUCUCAGACAACAUAUAUGGCUGUGGAGCCGGAGUAGCCGCCGAUGCGGAAUACGUCACCCAACUUUUGUCCUCCAAUCUGGCAAUCCACUCUAUGUCCACGGGAAGAUCGCCACGUGUCUGCACUGCAACCCGGAUGCUCAAACAGCUGCUGUAUAGAUACCAAGGUCACAUCGGAGCAUCGAUCAUCCUUGGAGGGAUUGAUGUAUGUGGCGCCCAUCUUACCAGUGUCCACCCUCAUGGAUCCACCGACAAAACGCCCUUCACGGCUCUAGGGUCCGGAGCAAGUGCCGCAAUCGCCGUCUUAGAAGAUCGCUUCAAACCCAACAUGGAGCUGGAGGACGCUAAGCAUCUGGUGACGGAAGCCAUAACAGCGGGCAUACUCUGCGACCUUGGAUCUGGCAGUGGAGUAGAUCUGUGUGUUAUUACUCGAGAGGGGGCGAAGGUAUUAAGGGGCUACACACAGACGGAGACCAAGGGGCAAAGGUCAUCUUCAUACCGUUACCGGCGCGGCACCACCGCCAUCCUACGAGAGACCGUGGCUUCUUUCGAUCUGGUGGAAGAAACCGUUCAACUAAUGGAGACGGAAUAACCGUCAACACAUGGUGCCAGCCUGCAAAUCAUCCGCUUCACGACUGCCAAGAUCCGAAAAAAGCCGCCAUAGCAAAACCCGAUUCUGCCGCCAUAUACAAAUUUUGCAUCUGUGCAUAUAUCAGACAGGGUGAGGCAGAAGUCGGGACCCCCCCCCCCCCCCCUUAUAACUGGCGUCAUUUGUAGAAAAUUGUCUUCCAACGUGUGACAAUAUUAACUGGGAGGGAGGCGGCAUUAUUGCCGCCAUUUUGGAAUCCGCCAUAUUGAAAUCAGCUCAGGUUUUUCCAGUGGGAAGGCGGGGGUCAUGUGAUAUAUCAGUCUUGGCUAGAAUCUACUCAGAAACACACUGGAAGUGUCCGUUUUGACCCUUUCUUUACAUCUUUAGGAGGAGUCAAGGGUGUGGCGGGGGCGGGGGGGGGGGGGUGUCAGGGCACCGAUGGGAAUAUGGCAUCCCGUUACACAGGGAUCAGCAACCUUUCGCUCUCCCGCUGCUUUAACUACAACUCCCAGUAUGAACUCGACGACUGUUCUUGUAACUCCCGAGUACUGAGUACAUUUUGGCCAAGGCUGAUAUAUCACAUGAACCCCUUCUCAUUGGAUAAACCUGAGGUGGAUUCAAUAUGGCGGAUUUCAAAAUGGCAGCCGAGGAAGGCUUGCUCCCAGUUGAUACUUUCACACAUUGAAAGUCAAUCCUCUAGAAAUUCCGCCAGUUAUAAGGGGGCGUCCCGACUUCUGCCUCACCCUGUGCGUUAUAACUAGGGAUGAGCGAUUUGACUUCGCAUAAAACAUCCGAAGUCGAUUCGCAUAAAACUUCAUUCGGAGCAGGAGCUCCGUACAGUAUUAGAAUGUAUUGGCUCCGAUGAGCCAAAGUUAUAGCUUUGUGAAGUCUCAUAAAUAAAUUUUUACUUUCAAAAACCAUUUCCCGAACUCGGCUCAUCGGAGCCAAUACAUUCUAAUACUGUACGGAGCUCCUGCUUCAUCUGAAGUCGAUUCGCUCAUCCCUAGUUCUAAUCUACUGCUCCACCUCAAGCUUCGACUCUCAUCAUCCACUCGCCGCCAGGAAGUGGGAAUUUUUUCUAUAAUAAAAAGUCAUGUGACAACCCCUGCGCCCUGUGA